UGUUAUGGCAAGAUGGCCUCCCUACCAUCUCCCACCCAGGUGGCGGGGGAUCAUACAAGUGUCUUUGAAGCAUGGUACAAGAAAGUAGACCCCACUGGUAGUGGUAUAAUCCAGGCUGGACCAGCUGCGGGGUUCUUGAAAAAAUCUGGCCUCAAUGAUAACAUUCUUAGUCGAAUAUGGGACAUUAGUGACCCGGGCGGAAAAGGCUACCUGGACAAGGCUGGCAUGUUUGUAUCCUUGAAGAUGGUGGCAUUGGUACAAAACGGCAAGGAACCCAGCUUAGCGAACGUCAACUUGCCAACGCCUCCUCCAAAUAUGGGUGAACCUCCCCCACAUCCACCACCCCCAGUCAAACCAGCCCCCCCACACCACACUCCUGCGGCUGCCCCUGGAGUCUGGACCAUAACCCCGACAGAUAGAAUGCGCUACGACCAAAUAUUUAAUUCCUUGGGACCAGAAGCCAAUAAGCUUCAUGGCAAUAAGGUUAGAGGUGUUAUGCUCAACUCCAAGCUUCCUAUGGAAACACUUGGCAAGAUUUGGGACCUGUCGGACAUGGACAAGGAUGGCUCACUAGAUCGUGUAGAGUUCUCUAUUGCAAUGCAUUUAGUAUACAAGGUACUAGAAAACAAUCCCAUGCCAUCUGCUAUACCACAAGAGAUGCUCUCCAGUGCACAACGGGCUGGUGUCGCUCAGGGUCCUGUACCUGCUCCUCUUGCUCCUCCAUCUCAACUACAGCAAGCUGAUGCCAACAAGCAGCAGCCGAAGAUCUUAACCACUGAGAUUGAAGACAUCGAUGGGAAGCCCGCUGAAAAACCCUCAGGCCCCCCUCCAGCUCCCUGGGUGAUAAGCGCAGCUGAGAAGGCGAGAUACGACGUGAUGUUCCACAACGCGGAUCUGGACAAAGACGGCUUUGUGAGUGGGAACGAGAUUAAGGGCGUCUUCCUGCAGUCUGGCCUCCCGCAGAUGGUUCUAGCACACAUAUGGAACCUCUGUGACAUGAAGCAGACAGGGAAGCUGACCUCAGAGCAGUUUGCCCUGGCCAUGUGGCUCAUCCAGCAGAAGCUCAAUGGUACAGACCCCCCAGCCGCCCUCACCCCCGAGAUGGUGCCCCCUACCAUGAGGCCCAAGCCUUCCACUGAAUCCAAUGUUGUUCCAGCAAAGCCACAGUACAGCAACCCAGAGCUCCAGUUGGUUGCUGACGAGAUCGAGGAGCUCAACGCCGAUAAGCUCAAGCUGGAGGCGGAGAUCCAGCAAAAGGAAGCUAGCAUUAGGGUGAAGAACAACGAAUUAAAAAAUCUUCAGACUGAACUCGAUACCUUAACUUCCACCUUGCGUCAACUGGAGCACCAGAAGGGAGCAGCGCAACAGCGAUUAGAUGACCUCGGGAACCAGAAAAAACUCCUUGAGGAUGAGCGGAAAGAGGUGACGGCCUUGAUAGAGGCUGAGCAGGAGGAGGUCUCCAAAUUGCGUGCCCAAGUGGAGGAACAAGAAACCAGUCUCAAGGCACAAGAGGAUGAGGUGAUGUCCAAGAGGCAGGAACUGAAUGACCUCAAGAACCAAGAGAGCGAACUCGAGGAGAGUGUGACCUCGUUGAGAAAGAAGAUGGACCAGCUGGGAGUGACACAGCAAGAGACGCAGUUACAUAUAUCACAGGCUAAAAUCAAGAUCUCAGAAUUGCAAGACCAGGAACGGCACAUGACGGAAGUCUUAAUAGCCUACGACUCGGCAAUCUCUUCCGGUGACGCGUCGUCCUUAUCCGAAGCCUCGCUCAGAGACAUCACGCCCACCUUUAAUGACCCAAGCUACCUCCACAUAGGCCCCUCUCCGACAGAAAGUCCCAAGGACUCACCGAAAGAACCGACAACACCACAGGAAAAUGGUUUACCAUCUCAGGAGACAAAUAAAGAUGCAUUGAAAGCCAAAGAUACCUCGUUUUCUGGAGGGCACGAUCCAUUUGCGGCAGCUUUUGGUGGCCAGCAAAACAAUGUGGAUGUGUUUGCAUCAUGGGAUCACAAUCCAUCUCAGCCGGCCAACAACCCACCACCCGCUGGAGACCCAUUUGGAGGAGAUGCAUUCUCAGCUCAGACAAAGGCUGCCAAGGACCCCUUUGGCAACGAGCCCUUCAGUGCGGGUGGAGGAGGUGGUCCCCCACCGAGACCCGAGAGCCCGACCCCAGCACUCCCCCCCAAGAAGGCCAAGCAGCCUCCCCCCAGACCAGCUCCCCCCAAGACCCGGCCGGCCAAGCCCCCUCCACCCCAGAUCAACUCCAACAACAACCCCACCACCAACACCACCCCCAACAACCCCAACGCAGCCAACAACGCCAACUCGAACACAGGCAACGUGGACCCCUUUGCCGGAGGCUGGGGGGAUAACAAGACCCCCGCCAACGCCACCAACAAUGGGGGCUUUGCCGACUUUGCGAACUUUGCCGAUUUUGAUACCAAGUGUUCCAAGGUAGUCGUCGCCAGCAACCCAGCAGCAACAUCACCCUGGGGGGAUGAGGACAAGUUUACGUCAGACGCCAAGUACCCACCAUCGACAGAUGAGGACCCCUUCGGUUCUCCCUUCACGGCAACGAAGGCCAAUAUCAGAAGCACCGACAACUCCCCCUGGCCGCAGGAUGCCUUUGGCUCAUCAGGCUUUGGGUCAGACGAGGGGUUUGGAGACAAUUCGGUGUUUGCUGAUGACGAUCCAUUCUCCAAAGCUUCUGGAGCAGCUGAUCCCUUUGGUGGUGAUUAUGACCCCUUCAAGGAUCAGGGCUUCAAGGAUGCAGACAAAUUUUCCUGGGAAGAUGAGCCUGACCCCUUCAACACAAUGCCAGAGGAGUCCAGUGAGAGUGCUGUCAAGAUGCCACUUGAUAAUGCUCCCAAGACAGAUCCUUUUGGUUUUAGUAUGAGUGAGGAUGAUACAAAUGCCAAUUUAUCCACAGAGUUUUUCAGUGUAGAUCAGUUUAACGCAAACUUUGAUAACAACAAAGACAAACUUGAAACGAGCCAGAACACGCGAUCAAAGUCAGUCAUUGGGGAUCCCUUUGCUUCCCAAGUGAAGGAAACCAUACCAGUGCGGUCCAAGACGUCUCUCGGUGAGCGACGGCUUGCAGACUUUGACUUUGACCCAUUCUCGUCAUCUAAGGUAUCAAAUGCAGAGAAGAGCAAGUGGAAAAGUAACGAGGACUUGUUGAACGAAAACUUUGGCCUCAGCCGCAAUGAGGGUGGAUGGGGCUCGAAUAAUCUUGCGCCCACCAGCAAGACUUCCAGUCCCUUCAACAACAGUUUCCUGAACCAGUCCCAGCAGUCGGCGAGUGAGGAGGAACAGCUAGCAUGGGCGGCCAAA